AUGGAGAAACUCGAUGACCUAUCCGUGCUUAACCCGCACCCAACAGAACUACCCGGCCCGGAUCUCCUCCACCACCUUAUCAGAGAACCGGAUGAUUCAAUAGCUCUCGAGUAUCUAGGCCGAGGUAACCGUGUCACGUUAUCCUAUCGCCAGCUUCAUGAUGCGGCAGACGCCCUUUCACGCCGUAUAUGUCAUGCAGUGGGUGAAGCCAAAAAUCACUUUGUGGUUCCGGUCCUGGUUCACCAGUCGCCACACUUAUAUAUAGCCUUGUUAGCUAUCCUGAAAGCUGGAGGUGCAUUUUGCCCACUCAACGUGGACGCCCCCCCUGACCGCGUCAAUUUUAUCCUCAACGAUGUCUCUGCCGGUGUUAUCGUGGCGUCCUCGGAGCUGGCCUCCAAUAUACCUUCACAAAGCGCCGUAAAGGUCCUUCUAGUUGAUGAAGACGAGAAAGAGACACGUCUCGACGCAGGCUCUCCUGGCUGCCGUGCUCCCAGCACCAGGGAUUUGGCAUACGUCAUGUAUACAUCCGGUUCAACAGGAGUUCCCAAGGGAGUUGGCAUCUCUCACUCUGCAGUAACACAGGCAUUGCUUGCCCAUGACCAGCAUGUACCAGCGUUUUCUCGUUUCCUCCAGUUUGCCGCGCCGACCUUUGAUGUCUCGGUCUUUGAGAUCUUCUUCCCACUCUUUCGGGGAAGCACGUUGAUCAGCGUCGACCGAAAAGAGAUGCUCAACGACUUGCCGGGAGUCAUUUCGAAGAUGGAGGUGGAUGCUUGCGAGCUGACGCCAACUGUUGCCGCCAGCUUGCUGCGGAAAAGGGAGAAUGUCCCGACGCUGCGGUUGCUGUUGACUAUUGGCGAGAUGUUGAAUGAGGCAGUGGUUCGAGAAUUUGGGGGGGAUGAGGAGAGAAAGAGUCUCUUGUGGGCCAUGUACGGGCCAACAGAAGCUACAAUUCACUGCACUGUUCAAGAAGCGUUCACGACUAGUUCUUCAGUAAGAAACAUUGGCGUGCCGCUUCGUACCGUCUCAUGCUUCAUAAUUGAGCCUGCAGAAUCUGCGGAAACAAGUAAAACCGUCAAUAUUCUGCCCAAAGGAGAGAUCGGAGAACUUGCAGUUGGAGGGCACCAGCUUGCCGAUGGAUACAUUAACCGACCAGAGCAGACGGCUUCCUCCUUCAUACCCUCACCUUAUGGCACCAUCUACCGGACCGGAGACAAGGCGCGCAUUAUUCACGAUGGCACGAUAGAGAUCUAUGGACGGCUAUCCGAAGGCCAGGUAAAGCUUCGCGGCCAGCGGCUUGAGCUGGGCGAGGUGCAGGCUGCUGUGUUGAAGACGCCUGGCUGCCACCUAGCAGUUGGGGCGGUCGUUGACUCUAUUCUUGUGGUGUUUUGCGUUGCGGACGCCGAAGUUACUGAAGACUCGAUCAUGGACCACUGUCGAAGCUGGCUUCCCCAGUUUAUGAUACCCGGAGAGAUCGUGCUGGUGGACGAGUUCCCUCGACUGCCGAGUGGAAAAGUCGACACCAAGAGGCUGAAAGCGGAAUUCCUGGAGAGGAAAGCUUCUGGGCAAAGGGACGCUUCAACUUCAACCGGCCUGUCUGAGGCGGAGAGGAGAGCCCUGAGCGUUAUAUCGGACACUUUGGGGCUAGAGGCGAAACAUGACAUGACGCUUGCUUCUGCUGGAAUAGACUCCCUCGUUGCCAUCAAACUGGCAUCCGCGCUUCGGUCGUCAGGAUUUGACGCGAGCGUGGCGGAGCUGCUGAGAAUGCGGACAAUAAGACAACUGUGCUCUACGUUACGACCUCUUGCACCCGCCACUACUUUUGAAAACGCAUCGGUUGAUGUCCACUUGAGGGACUGCCUGAGCUCAAUAGCAGAAGCCAACCAUGCGCUACAGAUCGACGCUGAGCAUGUUGAAAAUGUGCUGUCAUGCAGCCCUCUUCAAGUGGCGAUGUUAUCAGAAACAGCUCAUCGACCGGAAGCGUACUGGAACGAGAUCGAACUAGAGGCGAACCCUGGAAUUUCAACGGAGGCCAUAUGUGAUGCCUUCCAUGCACUUGCACGGCGAAGGGACAUCCUGCGGGCGGGCUUUGUCGCCUGGCAAGGUAGCUUUGUAUCACCAGUGUUCAAGUCACUGCGAUCCGAUCAAGUAGAGGUUGUCGAACAGUUCCGUCAGCCGGAGCUAUCGGCGGACGACGCGCUGCUUCGGCCGCUUCGCAUCCAAAUUCGGCAGGCUGAACAUGGUAAAGACCCGCGGGUGCUGAUGCACAUCCAUCAUGCCAUAUACGACGGCUGGUCUAUGGACAUUAUCUUCUCGGAGUUGACCGACAUACUAGCUGGAAGGACAUUGCCUGAACGGCCACAGUUUUCAAGUCUGCUGAAUUAUUUGAGCAACAUCCCGAGAAAUCAGUUGGACACUACAAGAUCAUUCUGGGCUGAAUAUCUUGCUGAUUGGAAUAAGCCAAGUCGGCCGAAGCUGAGUGCCCGACCAGCUGAGUUGAACGAAAUCUUAUCUGCCCGCGCGCAGUUGGAUGUCACCACACCUAUCAGAGAUGCUUUUGAAAAGACGGGAUACGGUGCUCAAGUCUACUUCCAAGCGGCCCUUGCACUCCUUUGGGGCAGCAUCGUGGGUACCUCGGAUGUUCUGCUGGGCUCAGUAACUUCCGGGCGAACGAUCCCCGUCAAGAAUGUUGCUGAGAUUGUUGGACCGGCCAUUGCAUCGCUUCCACUCCGGGUGGAUGUCGAUGACUCUGCUACAAUGUCCGAUGUACUGCGAAACAUCAACGAGAGUAAUCGCAGAAUCAUGGAGCACUGCAUACUGCCAUUAUCUGACAUCAAGAAGCUUUCAAGACUGCAGGCGGCUGAGAGCUUAUACGACGUGUUAUUCGUCUACCAAGAGUCAUUGUAUACGAAGAGUCGAAAAGACGCAGCUCUUCGUGAAGUCCGACAUCUCGAUCGCCUGGAAACGAAGCUAUUGUUGGAGGUGGAACCAAACGAUGCUGGUUAUUCAAUCCAAGCGACGUACCAUACUGAUUGGUUCCCAUCAGAUGUCGUUGAGGGUUUGGUUGAGCAGAUAGGGGAACUUUGUCGGCUCAUUGUCGAUCGCCCUCAAGAGACGGUUCGAACGAUGAAGGACGCCGUUACGAUUCAGCCAUCUAUUGCAAACACAGAACCGGAAUGGCUGCAAGACGAGGCAGAUCUCGCUACUCUGUUCGAAGCUGCGGCUGCGAAAACGCCGGACGCAGAUGCCGUAUGCUUUAGCAGAUCGCUUGCAGAAGUUCCCUUGGUGGCGGAUACAAUGUCCUACGAAUCGCUCAAUCAGCUUUCCAAUCAAAUUGCUCGCUUCCUGCUCGAUUCAGGUGCUGAACCUGGCCAGGUCAUUGCUAUCGUCAUGCAAAAGUCUCCUCUUCUCUACGCUUCAAUCCUCGGUAUUGUCAAGGCCAGAUGUGCAUACCUGCCUCUGCUACCAUCUACACCCGUCGAGCGAGUGAAGGACAUUUUUCGAUCAGCAAAAAUUAAGCACUGCGUGGUGGAUACGGCUUCUUUAAGAUCGCUUCAGGAUGUACCUGAUGUCCAGUACCUGGACGUCGAAUCUGCUCCAACAGACCGUUUCGAGAGCCACAACUUGAACAUGCCAGUCGACAUGUCAAGACUGGCCUAUGUCAUAUACACCUCGGGAACAACAGGAGUCCCAAAGGGCGUCGCCGUCAGUCAGAAAAACAUUGUCAGCAACAUCACAUACCUCGCAUCCAUAUACCCCAGCGCCCAACAAUUUCCUUCUCGGCUCUUACAGGCCUGUUCGCAAGCAUUCGACGUAUCCGUGUUUGAGAUCUUCUUUGCUUGGCACGCCGGCAUGUGUCUCUGUGCCGCUACCAACGACGACUUGUUCGAAGAUCUGGAGCAUUCUAUUCGACAGUUCGGCAUCACGCAUUUGAGCUUGACGCCUACCGUGGCAUCACUGAUUGACCCCAAGAAUGUGCCCAGUGUUGAGUUUCUGGUCACCGCUGGAGAGCCGAUGACUCUAUCGGUUCUUGAUGCCUGGGGAGAAUUGCUGUGGCAGGGAUAUGGACCUUCGGAGACGACGAAUAUUUGCAGUGUCAAAAGAAUGAAGCGCGGGGAGUACAUCGAGCACCUCGGCUGGUGUUUUCCCAACACGUCGGUCUUUGUGCUCUACCCUGACAACCUGUCAACUGUGCCAAUUGGCUGGAUAGGCGAGUUCUGCUUCGGAGGGGAACAGGUGGCUGAUGGGUAUCUUAACAUGCCAAAUCUGACGGCGGAAAAGUUCAUCAAUCACCCCGAAUACGGCCUUAUCUAUCGAUCCGGUGAUAUGGGGAGAAUGCUGCCAGACAAGUCGCUCCUCAUACUUGGCCGCAUCGACGAUCAACUCAAGCUCAAGGGUCAGAGAAUUGAGGCUGGUGAGGUCAACAGCGUGAUUACCUCUCACCCGUUGGUACACGCUGCGAUUACCACGUUGGUGCAACGAAAUGUUGAGGCUGGUCACCAGCUUGCUUCCUUCUAUACGUUUGAACAAGGGCUAGCCGACGCGGAGUUUACGACAGCAACGCCCGAUUCCGAGACUCAUCGUUCUCUGUUUGCUGCCCUGUCGUCCAAACUACCUUCAUAUAUGAUACCAUCGUAUCUGAUACCGGUCUCUCGAAUACCCCUUACUUCUAGUGGCAAGGUCGACCGGCGUAAGCUACAGUCUUGCUUUGAGGCUCUCCCCCAAGAGUAUCUCGAGACUGUGUCAGGCACUGUAACGGGGCAAGAUGAUGCUGAGUGGAGCACAAAGGAAACAAUGAUCGCGGAAGUCAUUGCAAGGUCGCUGAACGUGCCUCGGUCUGAUAUUGGUCGAUGGACCCCAUUCCCAACCAUCGGCUUGGACUCGAUAUCGGCAAUUGGAGUUUCUCGCAGCCUCAGCGCUGAGCUGGAGCAUCGAGUGCCUAUAUCAGCAAUUCUGCAGAAUUCGUCUGUGGCACAACUUGCACGCUUCUUGCAAGAGAGACCUGUGUUGGGGAGCCAGAAGGAGACAGUAUCCUUCUUUUCCGAUUCUUUCAUCAGUCAGGUUCGGGAAAGCUUUGGAUGUGAAGCUUACUCUGUUACAGAGAUCUUACCGUGCUCUCCUCUACAGGAAGCCAUGUUGUCUCAGGGACAGGGCAGCUACUACAACAGGAUUCUUCUGCGGCUGCAUGUGUCCGUGGACGAGAUGAGGGGAUACUGGGAUGAGAUGACACGACGUCAUGCCAUUCUCAGUACAUGCUUUGUCACUACUGAUAGUACAAAGUAUCCUAUCGCGCAAGUUAUCCUCGAAGGUUGGACCAACCUUUGGAAGGAGUUCACUGUCGGUACGACUCCUGUCAGUGAAGCCGUUCAUGAGCAUUUGACUGGCCUACCUGAUCCCUUGGAUACGAAAAUCCCGCCUCUCUCUUUCGCCAUCAUACGACAAGAAGAAUCGACUUUCGUGUCUUUGAUAUGUCAUCAUGCGCUCUAUGAUGGCGUGGCAAUGGAGAACCUCUGGAGGGAGGUAGAAGCGCUGGCACACGGCCAACAGUUACCCCCACCAGUCUCUUACUCAACCUUUUUACGCGAAGCGCUUAACCUACCUGCAGACACUGAGAAGUAUUGGAGGGAUCACUUCCGAGGAUACGAGCCCUUCAGUCUUUUUCAACAGCCUUCAAAGAGUCAAAUUCUUCAGCGCACACACCAACAGAAGAUGGAUAUGUCAUAUAUUGAGGCCAAGACUCGUCUACGAGCUCUUGGAAUAUCGCUGCUCUCUGUGUGCCAAGCAGCCUGGGCCGAUGCUCUCACUGUGUGCUCAGAUACCACCGAUGUUUGUUUCGGACUUGUCAUGAGUGGCCGCACUCUGGACAUUGAAGGUAUCGACAGAUUGGUUGCUCCAUGCUUCAACACGAUUGCGGUGAGAAAGGAUGUCUCCUCUGCUUCUCGCAACAUUGAUCUUGCCAAGUCUUUCCAGGACCUCAAUUCUGGUGUCCAACGGUAUCAAUUCACGCCUUUAAAGAUGGUUCAGAAACUUGUUACAAAGGAGGGCCGAAGACUCUUUGAUACUCUGUUGCUGCUUCAGAGUCCCUUGCAGGAUAUGGAUGCUGAGAUAUGGACGCUUGAAGAAGAUGAGGGAGAAAUGGAUAUUCCGAUCGUCUGCGAAAUUGUUCCUCAUUCCGGCUUGGACUCGCUCACUGUCAAUAUGCACUACGACAAAAACGUUGUCAGUGAUGAUAUCGCGUCUGUUCUUGCCAGGGUCUUUAUGUACUUCUUCCGAUACACUCUGGACCAUCCUUCUUCGGCCUUACCUGAUAGAAGCCAUCUCCAUCCUGCGCAACUGUCUACUUUAAGUGCUAUUACUGUGGAGAGACAAGCGACAGCAACAUCAGAUGAGCCUUCUCAGAAUGAUGCGGAAUGGACCGAGCAGCAGAAACAGAUUCGACAGGUUUUUUCAAGUCUCUCCAAGGUUUCGAUAGAGAAGAUUUUCCCGGAAACGAGCAUCUUCCAGCUCGGUUUGGACAGUAUCAACGCAGUCCAGGUGGCAUCGAUGCUUCGACGAGAGGGAUUCGCGGUGUCUGCCUCCGAUGUCAUUGAAUGCCAAACUUGUGCGAGACUGGCAGACAGGAUAGCUGCGGCGUCAAAACAAGAGGAAACAAGGCCUGUCUUUGAUUUCGACAAGUUUUCUAAAAAGGUAUCUUCGCAGGUUGUUGACAAGGCGCCGGGUACCGCCGUUGUGGAAGCGAUUCUUCCUAGCACACCGCUCCAGUGCGCGAUGUUGGUGUCGUUCAUCCAGUCAAAGGGGAACAACUAUCUCAAUUUGCUGUCAUAUGCUGUUGAUGACACCUUUUCGGAAGACGACUUGGUUGCGGCAUGGAAAGCUCUGGAGAGGAACCAUCCCAUGCUUCGUACGGGAUUCAUCGCGGUGCAUCAUCGACACAGCUCGUUUGCGAUGUUGAGGUAUCAGGCUUUAGGAGACUUUGAAGUGACCAAGUUCUUGUCCAAGUUGGCAUCGCAAGAUGAAGUACAAGGCUGGAAGGAAAAGGAAGCAGCAGCGAUACUUGACAAUCUCCAUCUACCACCGUGGAGGGUUUCGAUCGGCGAAACCGAAGGUGGACUCAUGAUGAACCUUCUCAUACACCAUGCUCUAUACGAUGCGCAUUCGCUGGAUCAGCUGCUGGGCGACCUCUCCUUGCUCUUGGAUGGACGGAAUUUGACCCACGUCCGGACCAUUGAGCCCGCACUGAGUGAGAUUCUCACCAAGAGUCUCAGCGAUCAAAGUGCUGCCCAGGAGUUCUGGAAAGAAAAGGCCGAAUUGACAGUAGUGAACACUUUCCCCAUCAUGACACCGCUUCGGGAGGAUGUCAGAACCAUGAAAUCUCAUGAGAUCAGAUCAGCCGCGACGCUAUCUGAUAUUCAAUCGGCCACCAAGCAUCAAGGCGUCACCAUACAGGCAGUCAUCCAGGCUGCUUGGGCACGCAUUCUUUCGUCGUAUCUGGGCGAGGACUCUGUCGUGUUUGGAGUGAUCCUGUCCGGCAGAGAUACGGAUGAGACGAGGAAUGCGCCGCUUCCUUGCAUGAACACCGUUCCCGUCAUUGCUUCGAAUCAACCGUCGAAUGGUCGGCUGACUCGAUCUAUGAUGGCUUAUAAUGCAGAUGUCUAUCGAUAUCAAUACACUCCUCUGGCACAGAUCCAGAAAUGGUUGGGUCAUCCUGCGACGCCUGUCUUUGAUACGCUUCUGGUUUAUCAGAAGCUGGAGAAAGGGUCUGGCCUUGGAAAGCACUGGAAGCUCGUGAAGGAUGAUGCGGCUGUCGAUUAUCCGGUGUCGCUCGAAGUCAAGCCGACAGUUGAUGACGAGAUCCUACUUUGCCUCACAUUCUUCAGCGAUAUCUUGCCGAGUGAGCAAGCUGAAUUACUACUUCGGCAAUUCGAUGCCAUGAUGGUCCACAUUGCUACCAAGCCUGACGGCGAUGAGGAUGGCAUCUAUCGACUGAAGCCUGAUCUUUAUGCGAUAACGCCGCCUUUAUCGCCAGAGCUGCCUGCACCGGUGCAGUUCUUACACCAGUUCGUGGAAACAAGAGCUGUUUCUCACCCGAAUGAUCUUGCGCUGGAGUUUGUUAGCAGAUUUGACGGCUCGCGUCCCGUAAAGCAGGCAUGGACAUAUGCCGAACUCGACGAGAUGGGCAACAAGAUUGCCAAUUUGCUGAAAGCUGUUGCUGCGGUAGGGAGCAUCGUGGCGAUACACUUUGACAAGUGCCCAGAAGCGUACCUUUCUAUUCUUGGCAUCCUCAAAGCUGGGUGUGCUUUUGUGGCACUUGACCCAAGUGCUCCUCGGGACAGAAAGGAGUUCAUUCUGAGGGACUCACAGGCCCCUUGCUUGCUGACAGCUACUGGGGGCUUCAUCGACUUUGAGACAGACGUCAAGGUUGUACAUGUUGACCUUGAGUCCGUGAAGCUGUUGUCGGCCGAGAAGCGAGAUCUGGGUGCUGACUUCACGCCUGAAGCGACUUGUUAUUGCCUCUACACGUCUGGCACAACGGGAACUCCCAAAGGAUGUGAGAUCACGCACGACAACAGCGUGCAGGCAAUGAUGGCUUUCCAGGAACUAUUCAAAGGGCACUGGAGCGACGACUCAAGAUGGCUGCAGUUUGCCGCUCUCCAUUUCGACGUCUCGGUAUUGGAGCAGUAUUGGAGCUGGUCGGUGGGAAUUACCGUUGUUGCCGCACCAAGAGAUGUUAUCCUCGAUGACCUGAUUGCUUCCAUCAACAACCUCGAGAUUACGCACAUUGAUCUCACACCAAGUUUGGCGCGUCUUACGCAUCCAGAUGAAGUACCUGGCCUAUGCAAAGGCGUCUUCAUCACUGGCGGCGAGCAGCUCAAGCAAGAGAUACUGGAUGCUUGGGGACCAAAAGCAGUCAUCUACAAUGCGUACGGUCCAACAGAAGCCACAAUCGGAGUGACAAUGUACCAGCGAGUGCCCGUCAACGGAAGGCCGAGCAAUAUCGGGAAGCAGUUCCUCAAUGUAGGUUCAUACGUGUUCCGCAAGGGGACGGAGGUUCCCGUGUUGCGAGGCGCUGUUGGAGAGCUCUGUGUUUCUGGAAGAUUGGUUGGCAAGGGGUACCUCAAUCGUCCGGAGCUUACAGAGGAGAGAUUUCCGACGCUUUCGGAAUUUGGCGAGAGAAUCUAUCGAACGGGUGACCUCGUACGGAUACUGCAUGAUGGAUGCUUUGACUUUCUAGGCCGAGCAGACGAUCAAGUCAAGCUACGAGGACAACGUCUUGAGAUUGGCGAAAUCAACCAUGUCAUACGCACUGGCGUUCCGGAGAUCAAGGACGUCGCGACGGUGGUCAUCAAACACUCAUCCGGCGGCAGAGAUGUUCUCGUAUCCUUCUUGGUGGGCGAGCAGCAGAGGCAGGCUGUCUUGACGCCAUUGGCGGAUGACACGCAACUGGGUGCCAAAGCUAGAGACGCUUGUCGAGCGAAGCUUCCGGGAUACAUGAUUCCGACGUAUUUCUUGCUUUUGCCAUUCAUCCCGCUUUCUCCCAACAACAAAGUCGAGGCAAAGGAGCUAAAAAAGCUCUUCAAUGGUCUAUCGCAUGAGCAGCUUAUGGACCUCACUGCACCAAAGGCUUCCAUUCGAGCCGUCAACGGCGAGACUAGUCAGAAGGUGGUCAAGAUUCUGUCCGACUUUACGGGUGUUAGCCCGGAUAUGAUUGAGGCAGAGACGAGCAUCUUUGACCUGGGAGUGGACUCAAUCAGCGCCCUGCAACUAUCUACAGCUUUCAAAAAGGGAGGAUUUGCAGCAUGCUCACCGGCUAUCCUACUGCAAAAUCCAGUGGUUGCUGACCUCACCACGGCUCUCUUCGAGAAGCUGUCUUCGUCCAUCAAGGACAGUCGGGUGAAAGAGGCCCAGCAGAUGAUACAGGCGUACCACCAUCGGCACCGCGCAUUUGCCUGCAGCGCUCUACAUAUUGGACCCGGAGAUAUUGAGUAUAUUGCGCCGUGUUCUCCACUUCAGCAGGGAAUCAUAUCCAAGUCUGUGACGGGUGAGAUUCAAGGGACUUACUUUAACUCGUUUGAGCUGGAUCUGAAUGGCGAUGUUGCAGAGCAGCAAGUCAAAGCUGCGUGGACAAAGUUGGUCAUCUCUGAGGCUAUCCUGCGAACGGCUUUUGUCAAGACAACGGAGGGCUACAUCCAAGUCGCCUUGAACAACCAGGAGCCGCGGUGGAUCGAGCAAGCUGUGCAGAGCGACGACGAUGCCAAAGCUUUCUUGGACAGUCGUUGGGAGAAGUGGGUGCGGCUAAACAACGAACACAUCACGGCGCCUCUUGAGGCGAUCUAUAUCAAGGGACCCAACUCCAAGAAGCUGGUUAUUCACAUCUUUCAUGCAAUUUACGACGGCAAUAGCUUCGAGUUGAUGUUACGGCAGCUCAAGUCCAACUACCGGGGCAAGCCAAUGGCGCCUUCUCCGUCGUUUAUAGAGGCAUUGACUCAUGGCCCAUUAUGGCGACAUGAUGACUGUCGAGGCUUCUGGGAGACCCAUCUCCAAGGCUGGACCGGCUCCUCCAUUCUGCAGCUUUCUUCGUCUAACGAACGGGCUGUCUCACAAACUCGGGUUCUUCAGGGCAGCGUACUGGAGGACGCUCGAAGGAACCACAAGGUCACGCUGCAGCCCGUUAUCAUGGCGCUAUGGAUUUCUGCGCUGCAGAAACACUACUCAUAUGGGCUAGCAAUUGGACUGGUGUUGUCCGGAAGAUCGAUCGACCUUCCUGGUGUUGAAAGUACAAUCGGCCCGCUCUUCAACACUUUGCCUUUCUUCAACAAGACUCUGAGUGGCCAGUCUUGGGCAUCUCUGAUUCACAAAUGCAGCGAAUUUAGCACGAGCAUCUUGCCGUUUCAACACGUGCCCUUGAAGAGCAUACAGAAGUGGUGCUCUGGAGGAAGGCAGCUAUUCGACAAUCUAUUCGUCUUUGAAGUGCAGCAGCAGACCGCACAGGACGAUAAAGAUCUUUGGACGAUCGAGGAUGGGCCAUUGAACCCGGAUUAUCCAUUGGCUUUGGAGGCGAAGAGGCUGUUGAAUGGCGAUGUUCAGCUGACUCUUGUUGCACAGAGAUUUGUGGCGGAUGAGUCAAAGCUGCAGGAGAUACUGGACGCGGUGGAGGAAAAUAUCGGACUCAUGACUGCGGAUGCGCCGUUCCCGAAAUUCGCAGAAGAGAAUGGCGUCGUUCUUCCAGACGGUCGAAACGGAUUUGAGUCCCCUGAAGACGAGGCUGAUGGCCAUGACUUUGAGUGGACUGAACAGGCUCUCGGUAUCAGAGAUGCGAUUGCUUCUAUUUCAGGCCUCGAUGCCUGCGGCAUAUCGGCCUCACAGACGAUACUUGAGCUUGGCUUGGAUAGCAUUGAUGUCAUUCAGCUGUCCGCCAGGUUGAAGCAAAGGGGACUUGUUUUGCCAGCUUCUCAAAUCAUGCGCCAACGAACGAUUGCAAAGAUGGCCGCUUCCAUCGAGGCACAACAAUCCGGCGAACUGGUCAAUGGGACGACUGACAAGUGUUUUGAAGAAACGGAGGAGAAGCUGUGGGCGUAUGUCGACAAGGUCGGGCUGGACACAAGUAAUAUCGAGGCCGUUCUACCGCCGACACCUCUUCAAGAAUCUAUGGUUGCAGAGAUGAUUCACUCCGAUUUUGAGUGGUACUUUAACCACGAUCUUCUCGAAGUUACUUCUGGAACCGAUAUUGAGAAACUGCGAAGAGCAUUUCUUGAAGUUAUUGAGCGGUCACCGAUCCUUCGGACAGGGUUCCUUGAGGUGGAUGAUUUGCAGCUUGAGAUGGGAUACUGCCAAGUUGUGCGGAAACACUGGAACCGAAACAUCGAAACACUUGACGUGGAAGCUGUGAACGACUUACGCUCUCUUGUUGAAGAUGCAAAGAGAGUUGCCAAAGAGGGCCGCGGACUGGAGGCCCUGUUCCAGCUGAGGUUCCUAGCCUGCAGAGGAAAGAUGUUUGCGCUUGUGUCAAUUGCGCAUGCUCUGUACGAUGGAUGGUCACUUAGCCUGUUCUAUCGGGAUCUGGAGGCGGCGUAUCAAGGCAACAUGCAAACGCGAGCGUCUGCAAAGCCCUUUCUUCGGAAGAUGCUUGCCUCUGCUACGGAUGACGCGGAUCGUUUUUGGGCAGGUUAUCUCGACGGAGUCACGCCGUCUAUUCUCCCCGAAGCACCGCAUCACGAUCUAGAAACGAAGACACUAUACCGGAGAGAAGGAUCUGCACACAAGUCCGUCUCCGAAGUAUCGUCCUUUUGCAAAAAACAGAGCAUCAGUCUGCAGUCCUUGACGCAAGCCUGCUGGGCUCUUGUGCUGGCUCAUCGGGUUGGAAAGCUGGACGUCACUUUUGGCGUCAUCAUGUCCGGGCGUGAUUUCGACGGCGCCGAGGACAUCAUGUUCCCGACGAUGAACACUGUAGCAAUUCGCUGUAUCCUGCACGGAAGCUCUGCAUCCUUCUUGCGGUAUCUCGAGGCUAGCAUGGCGGACGUCAGGGAUCAUCAAUCGUAUCCCUUGAGGAAGAUCCAGAAGGCUGCGCAAGUGUCGAGCAGCGAGUUAUUCAACACGCUGUUUAUGCUGCAAAAGUUUCCCUAUAGCUCGUCUGAGGAUUCGCUCCUCAGGUCUGUAGAUGGGGCAGCGGCGGUGGAUUAUCCUGUCAGCGUUGAAGCUGAGGCUGUUGGCGAUGAUCUUGUUUGGAGAGUUGCCUGUCAGUCGCGGUAUGUUUCGGACGAGGGGACUGGAAAGUUAAUUCAAGACCUGAACCACGUUCUAGAGUUCUUGGUCGACUCGGAGGAUCGGGAUAUACUUUCUUUCCAUGACGACGGUGUUUCAAUAGGUGGAUUGCCACACGUUUCACUGGCGACAGAUGCGGCCCAAGUCGACGAGGUAGAUGAGACGCACUCAGAUACACAGCAUGAGGAGGGUGAGCUGGGCGAGAUGGUAUCAGCGAUCCGAAAAGUCCUUGGUUCCGUGUUGGACAUCGCCGCAAAGUCCAUCAGACCCGAAAGCAAUCUUUACCAUCUCGGCCUCGACUCCAUCAGCGCAAUCAAGUUGUCUUCUCUGUUACGGAAGGAAGGCAUCUAUCUCAGCCCGAGAGACUUCGUCAGAGCUUCGAGCAUCACCCAUAUGGCACGACUUGCGACUCGCAUCCAAACAAACGGCAGCACAAUUCAGGCCAAGCAAGCAGUGUGGACUGCUGCAAAGGACAUGGACGUCGUGAAUCUACUGGCUAGUGUUGGCAUUUCGGAAGGUGACGUUGAGAUGGUUCUUCCGGCAUUGCCUAUGCAAGUCUACAUGAUCAGUGCAUGGCAGAACGCCGAGGGGCACGUCUUUUAUCCUCAAUUCCGGUUUCGCGUUGAAGGGGCUGUCAGCGUUGAGCAGGUACAGUCGGCAUGGCAGUCUCUUGUUGCUGAAAUGCCGAUUCUGCGAACCAUUUUCGUUACGACGGAUUCUUCUCAGCAGCCUAUCGUUCAGGUCAUUCUCAAGUCGGACUAUCGAUGCGCUGGUGAUUCAACUACAAUGAAGCCGAUGGUGCGAUUUGAUGCUGUCAAGCGAGAUGAUAACCACAUUGAGAUGCGACUCAAGAUUCACCACGCGCUCUACGACGGAGUCAGUAUUCCGGCAUUGCUGAGUCGUUUUACACAGCGUCUCAGGGGAACAGGUGCUGUGGUCGAAGAAGGACUUGAAGAAUGGUCAAGACAUUGCAUUCAGCCUACACUUGAAGACUCUCGCCAAUCACGCAGAAGCUUCUGGAUAUCGUACUUGCAAGGCUGCUCCUCAGACGAAGACUCUUUCGCCUCGCCCAAGGCAGGGAAGCAACGCGUGUCGUAUCUACGGCAGGCUGCAGUGCCAGAUAUUGAAUACCUUCAAUCUGCAGCCAGAGGAAGAGGCAUCAGCCUCCAGGCCCUGCUAUUCGCAGCGUACGCCAAGAUACUGGCCUCGGACGAGCUUACGGGUGUCGAGCACAAUGAUGGAAGCAAGACUGUCGUGUUUGGAAUAUAUCUUGCAAACCGGGCUGAUGAGGCUCUUCCAUUGACGUUUCCGACGCUGAAUCUCGUUCCGCUGAGGGUUCGACUGGCAUCCAACGAUGGGAUUCUCGAUAUUGCCGAGGCGAUACAGGAAGAUAUUCAUCUCAUCGCUUCUGAGGGCCGUGCCGAUGUUGGGUUGUGGGAGAUUGCUGCUUGGACGGGCGUCAAGGUGGCGUCUUUCUUCAACUUUUUAACUCUCCCUGACUCCUCUAUUGGGGGAGAAGACGGUGAUUCGACGUCAGUGCAACUGUUGCCGGUUGAAAGGGAGGAUGUCAACAAUGAAGUCCUUUUAGAAGGCGAGUCUGAGGAGGAAGUGUUGAAAGAAGUAUCCCAGGUUUGUUUGGCGAAGAACACCGUCAGAGAUGCGUUCCCGGCCGCAAUCGACAUUGAAGCCUCGAUCCAUGGGACAAGGCUGGAUCUUGGAGUAUUCGGGUCUCGACUACGAGUAUCUGAUGAGGGCGCGGUUAAACUGGUCGACGAGAUGGUCUCGUGUCUACAGGGGUUGGAUGAUGAUGAAGAUGACGCGGAGAUGGCGGCGUGGGCGUCGUCUUGGGUGAUUGGGAAUGGGAAAAAGACAUGA